AUGUCGUCCUCUGGCGCAUCGACGCCCCCAACGCUCGUGUCGUCUCCAACACUCACCGCGGCUAAGCCCUUACAACACAUCUACGGCAGUCCAAGAGUUUCUGCUUCUGCUGCCGUUGAAUUUCUGGCUUCUCGUCCAGAAACGAGUUCAGCCAUAUAUGUAUACGACCUCGCCGACCAGGUUGGCUUUGGGGCACUCACAAAGGAGUGGGCAAAGACUCAGAAUGCCUCCCCCGUUGUUGAGCUCCAAACCCGGGCCGGUGCCGGCUUAACAAUCGUCGGGCGACUUUCGCAGGGGACCAGCCGCGACGCUGGCAAAGGCUCAGUCAUCACCGCGUAUACGACACCUGCGGGCCUUGCAUUCAUGGCUCCCUCACUUUCUCAUCUCCCCACCGCAACACCAACCAGUCGGUUGGUCAUCCAGGUCCCCACAGUCGUGUCGGUUGGAGAGUCCCUUGCGCUUUCCCCUUCGCUAUCCUCGCUCUCUGCCAUUGCUCCGACUCUACCCCGGGACUUGGUCGUGCUUCUUUCAGCCACUCCCCAAGAAGCAGUUGAUUUUGCCAACUUUUCUUAUCGACUGAAAACAUCGCAUGUCGUCCAUCUGUUCGACCAUUAUAGUGCUGGUCGCGAGACCGGGACAUCACUGGCACCUCCCAAGGGUGAUACUGGGCCCGCCUCAUUGGCAGACCUGUUCACUGAGAACGGAUAUUCGUUCUUCAGCUACGCCGGUGAUCCGGCUGCCCAUACUGUCAUUGCCUUGUUGAACGGCCCUCUUGCUCUGGCUGUUAAGGCUCUGCUCCAGGACUCUCCUGGCUUAGGUCUUCUUAUAGUCAAUGUUCUCCGCCCAUGGGACGAACAAGCUCUUCGCGACUCUCUUCCCCCAACUGUUCGUUCUUUGCACGUUUUCGACGAUGUUCCCAACGCAUCCACGCAAGGAAGCUUGUAUGUCGACAUUUUCGGUACCCUUCUGACCGCAAGCAGCACCAUCUCCGUCCAUUCCCAUCGAAUUGUGCCCUCGGAAACGUUGUCUUACCUGUCAACACAAGGAAAGCUCAGUAGCUUUUUAGCUUCUUUCCUCCCCUCGUCUCCUCCGCCCUCGCCUCCCGUCUCAUCGCUGACCAAAAGGCUUGUUGUGUAUAGCACCCCACAAACAGCCCUUUCGUCUGCAGCACAUUUCGUGGCCGAUACGUUCCUAUCGAGCGAAGCCGUUACCACACGUUUCCUUACUGAUCACGAUGUCUUCUCUCGAAAGGGAGGCGUCAGUGUCAGCCGAGUAUUUGUGGGACCGAAGGGAGUUGACUCAGACGUGCCGCUCCAAUUGGCGAUUCCUUUGGGCCAUUCAGAGGGCGGAGAAGCCGAUUUCCUUGCUGUACUUGAUCCCACAAUUCUUACCUCGCAUUCAUUGCUACAACACGCAAAAGCAGGCUCGGUCGUUCUCCUUGCAUCAAAUUGGACUCCACAAGAAGUCUUGUCAAACCUUCCGGUCGACGUUACUGCCGCGCUACGUACGCGCCAAAUUCGUUUGUUUGUCAUUGAUCCCCAGUCUGUCGCCGCUGGUCGCACCGGACCCUUGAACGCUGCCAUCCAAAAUCUUGUGGUUCAAUUAGCCUUCCUGCGACUAUAUCUUGGCAAAGCUGCCCAAGAAUCAGUUGUCCUUCGAAUUGCGCGGUCGUUGUUCAACGAGGUUGUAGAUGAUGUCGGGCUGUCUGAAAUCAAUGCGACAGUCUGGUCUACGCUGUUUGAGGUCGACAUAUCUCCUCAAACAGCACCAGAAAGCACUCCCAAAUCUCUCAAGUAUGUUGAAUUCAACGCAAUUGCGGUUCAGACAUUCGACAACGAUGUUGUAAAUGGCGCGCGUCUAGGGUCAUGGCAUGAUGCGGCAAAGCAUCUGUUGUUCCCAGCAGCCUUCAAUCCAGAGCCCAAUUUCGAUCCUAGGGACACUUUUGCGCAAAACCCGGCGCUGCGGCCCGAAGUACCCGACCGAACUUUCCUAGUUACCUGCACAGUCAACCGUCGACUGACGGCCAAGGAAUAUGAUCGCAAUGUCUUCCAUCUCGAGUUCGACACUCGCGGAACUGGUCUCAAGUAUGCCAUUGGCGAAGCCCUCGGUGUCCAUGGUUGGAACGACGACCAAGAGGUGAUGAAAUUCUGUGGAUGGUAUGGUGUCGAACCGACGCGUCUGGUCACGAUUCCCGUCCCUUCCAGCGAGGGAAGGAUGCACACAAGGACUGUGUUCCAAGCGCUGCAGCAACAAAUUGACUUGUUUGGCCAACCACCCAAGUCCUUCUACACUGAUUUGGCGGCAUACGCGACAGGCUCCCUCGACCGCCAUGCGCUGCUAUUCAUUGGCUCGCCUGAAGGAUCAGCGACGUUCAAGAAAAUGGCGGAGAAAGACACGGUCACGUUUGCAGAUGUACUGCAAAUGUAUCCGUCUGCCCGGCCGGGCAUCGAAGUUUUGUGUGAAAUGGUGGGGGACAUCAAGCCGCGUCAUUACAGCAUUGCGAGCGCACAGAGUGUGGUUGGCGACCGUGUCGACUUGCUGGUCGUCACCGUCGAGUGGAUGAACCCAAGUGGCUCGCCGCGAUUCGGCCAAUGCACUCGCUACCUUGCUGGCUUGAAGAUUGGACAGAAAGUUACUGUGUCCAUCAAACCUAGCGUCAUGAAGUUACCACCAGACAACCUUCAGCCACUGAUCAUGGCCGGUCUCGGGACUGGUGCAGCACCAUUCCGCGCCUUCCUCCAGCAUAGGGCAAUGCUCGUUCAGCAGGGCGAGUCCGUUGGCCCGGUCUACUACUACUUCGGCUCCCGCUACCAAUCGCAGGAGUACCUCUAUGGCGAGGAGAUCGAGGCGUUCAUUGAGGACGCUGUCAUUACUCGCGCUGGACUGGCCUUCUCACGUGAUGGGCCUAAGAAGGUCUACAUCCAGCAUAAGAUGCUAGAAGAUGCCGAGUCGUUAGCACAAAUGUUACUCCAGGACAAUGGGGUGUUUUACCUCUGUGGGCCCACAUGGCCCGUACCAGACGUCUACGAGGCGCUGGUUGGCGCACUGGUCAAAUACCAAGGCAUGUCAGAACAAGGGGCUGGAGACUAUUUAGAAGGGUUGAAGGAGGAGGAACGCUACGUUCUCGAAGUGUAUUAG